AUGGCUGGCAAUAUGGACCGUGGCCUUGACGAGAUCAUUGCCGAAAAGCGCAGCAGUGGUCCUCGAACCCGACGCGGCGGCCGGGACAACCGCCGUCGCGACCGUAAUGACUAUCCCCGAGACGGGUCAACCCGUGAUGACCGCCGAAACUUAGACAGGUCCGUAUUCACCACGUUUGCGCCCGAUGGCAUUCACGAGACUAAUUCAUUCUACAGCGAGUGGGUACACGAUCGAUACGAUGAGAGUGAAUCUCGCCGUGGCCCUGCACCUCGACGCCGACGAGAAUCGCCAGUCAACGAGACCAAAGGAUCGAAAGUCCGCGUUGAGAAUAUUCACUACGAUCUCACAGAGGAGGAUCUUGAUGAACUCUUUGCUAGGAUUGGUCGAGUGACAAAGCUUAACCUAAGAUACGAUCGUGCUGGCCGCUCUGAGGGCGUUGCAUAUGUUACAUAUGACCGCAAGGAAGAUGCUGAAGAAGCAAUCAAACAGUUUGACGGCGCCAACGCCAACGGACAACCAAUUCGCCUCACACUCCUCCCCUCACGGAAUCCAUUUGAUACCGCAGUGAUGCCUGGUCGUCCACUGGCCGAGCGAAUUUCUGCCCCUGGCGCAGGUGGCAGAGCCCGUUCCACAUCCCCUCGACGCAGAGUUGAAGAAGAGGACGUGGCUCGGAAGGGUAUUGACAGAUAUAUCCCCGGUGGACGCUCCAGAAGCCCCGCUCCCCGACGAGGCGGCACUCGCGGAGGACGUCGCCCCGGCGCUCGGCGUGAAGGCCGGGACAACAACAAUAACGAGGGUGGUCGUGGCGGUCGUGGCAACCCGCGAGGCAAGAAGACUCAGGAGGAGCUUGAUGCAGAAAUGGCAGAUUACUUUGGGGGCGGUGGUAACGACUCCGCUGCUGCGACUGGAGCCCCUGCCAAUGGUGCCGCCUCGGCCCCGGCCGUUGCCAAUGACGAUAUCGACAUGAUUGAAUAG